AUGUGCAUGCCAGGCAUUGGCGGCGAUGGCGACCUGAUGCGACAGCAGUUCUUGAUGCAGAUGUACAUGGCAAUUACAGCAGCACUUGACCCGCGUGAUAAUGACGGGCAUGAAAAUUGGGAUGAUGAGCCCUCACAUCCCUCAACAAGUGAGCCUGCUGCCCUGCGCGAAUCCUGCCAACCUUACAGCGAAUGCUGCAGGAAAGAAAAGCCAUCAUGGUUCAUGAUUAUCGUGAUGAUGAUCUUGAUCGCGUUCGUUUGCGCAUCACGCCUACUAGCAUGUGUGGUUUGUGCGGUGCGAUUUGCUGACCUCUUGUGA